AUGAAUACAUAUUUUGAAACGGUUGAAGAGGACGAAAAUUCUCAUACCAUAGAUAAAAUUCAUAGUGUUCCGAAGAAUGAUGAAACGCCUCUUGGAAUUAUCAUAGAUAACGGAAGUUAUCGGUGUAGGGCAGGAUGGUCCUCCGAAGAGAAUCCAAUGAUCAGCUUCCGUCCUCUCUGUGCUAAAUUAAAGGCUAACGAAGUGAAGAAUCUUGAUUUCGUUUCUGAUGACGAUAAAUUAGUAUUACAAAAUGGCGGAUAUCUUGUUGGAAAUGAUUUGCAUCCAUUUGAUUAUUUACGAUACGGUGCAAAAUCACCUUUUGAUAAUGAUAUUGUUACAAAUUUUGAUUAUUUCGAACAAGUGAUGGAUUAUGUAUUUUAUAAGCUAGGAUUGGCAUCGUCAAAGAACGUUUCAUUAACGGAAGUGCCAUUGGUGUUUACCGAACCAAUUUUAAAUCCUGGGUUUUCUCGUCAAUCCACACUUGAAAUAUUAUUUGAAAGCUAUGGAAUACCAUCUAUUAAUCUUUCAAUUGAUGCUUUGCUGAGUUUAAAGCAAACUCUUUCUGAAAACAAUAUUGCUAUGGAUUGCAUUAAUUCAUUUGUCAUUAGGUCUGGGUUUCAUUCCACUCAUAUCAUUCCUAUUGUAGAUGGUGUCACUCAAUGGAAUUCUUGUAAGAGACUAAACAUUGGAGGUUUUCAUGCAACCGAUCUGAUGUUAAAAACAAUGCAAUUGAAAUAUCCAAGUACAGAACCUACCAAAUAUUUCAUCCCUAUAUAUGAUGCUCUUGGAAUUCCUUCACUUUCUGUUGCCAAGGCAGAAUUUCUGAAGGAAAAGUAUUGCUAUCUUUCUCAAGAUUACAUUCAAGAACUGCAGUUGAUGGCAGAAAAUCAAGAAUAUUAUGAUGGUCACACUGUUCGAGUUUUCAAUAAUAAGCAACAAUACGACUCUUUCAUGACAGCAAGAGAUUCUCUCUCUACUAACGCUUCAGACACUUCUUCAAACAACUCUUCAGAGCCGCAAAUACCUGAAUUCAAAACUUUGAGUGCUUGUGAAAAGUGGCUUGCUGAAAAACGAAACGAACUACAACAACUUCACUUUAAACUGCAAAAGAUGCAAUUCACUCUUUCGUCCCAGACAAAGGAUCAUACUCUAAAAAGUAAGAGAUCAGCUGCUUCAGUACAACGCCAAAAAUCAAAAAUUGCUGCUGAAAUUCACGACGCCGAAGAUGAAACAUUUGAAGAUUGGAGCUUGUACGAUGGAUUACAAAAAACUAAAAAGAAGAAGAAAAAGAAAAAGUCAUCAACAAAAGAGGAUGUUGUUGACUCGAAACUAGUUAAAAAAGUUUCAGGACAAGUAGAUGACUUGAAAAAAUUAAUUCAGCAAACAGAACUGAAAUAUUUUGGAGAAAAGAAAACAGAUUACAUACAAGAUCAUUUUGUAAAACAAUACAAAAGAAAUACAUCUGAUCCUUUGGACAAUACAGGAAUAAGGUUGACCGUAGAAAGAAUCAGAAUACCAGAAAUAAUAUUCCAACCACACAUGGCCAACAAGGAUCAAAUUGGAGUCUCAGAAAUCAUUGAAAACACUCUUCAAGAAUUCAAUGCUACGCAACGCGAAGCCAUGAUUCAAAAUAUAUUCAUUUGUGGAGGGAAUACUUUAUUUAAGGGAUUUAAUGAACGAAUAGAAAGCGAGGUUAGAAAAGUUUCUCCUGUUGAAUCAGAAAUUAGAAUCAUUCAUGAAAGCAACUUUGAUACAUCUGCAUGGAAAGGUGGUCGCUCAUUACUUAUCGAUAGCUCAGAAAAUGAUUCCUAUUGGAUGAAAUUGAGCGAUUAUCAGGAACAAGGUGCUGAGAGAAUUUCUCUCAAACAGCACACAUUCUCCAACAUUGCAUAA